UGCGUGUGCGCUGGCAGCGGGCAGUGAGCGUGUGAAAUCUCAGCGGGCGAGUUUUUUUGUGCAGCAUGUUGCCGUACCAGGCGGUGGCGAUGGACUACGCCGUCACGUCGUCCUUUCAGCGGCAGCCGGGUUCUGGUGCGCUCAUCAACCCGGCCUUCACGCACUCCUGUAUCUUGGAGGUGCGGAAGGAGAAGAGUCGAGAUGCAGCUCGCAUCCGGCGCGGCAAGGAGAACUUCGAGUUCUACGAGCUGGCCAAGAUGCUGCCCCUGCCCGCCGCCAUUACGUCGCAGCUGGACAAGGCGUCCAUCAUCCGGCUGACCAUUUCCUACCUCAAGCUGCGCGACUUCUCGGGGCACGGCGACCCGCCAUGGAGUCGCGACGGCCCGCCGCCGAAUAAAAGCGUUAAGGGCCCUGUCCGGCCGCGUUCUGUUGCUGGAAUAGCGAUGGAAAUGUUCGAGCAGCACCAAGGAACCCAUAUUCUGCAAUCGCUGGACGGAUUCGCCUUCGCCCUGGCUGCAGACGCGCGGUUUCUGUACAUUUCGGAGACCGUCUCCAUCUACCUGGGUCUCUCACAGGUGGAGAUGACGGGCAGCAGCAUCUUCGAGUACAUCCACCAGCAGGACCACGCGGAGCUGGCCGAGCAGCUGGGUCUGGGGCUGGCGCAGGGGCAGUCGCUCGCCUCGCCCGGCAGCGCGGGCUCCGAGGAGGGCGCGCCCCAGGGCACCAACAACCCCGACGUGGCGACGCAGAUGAGCUUGAGUAGCAGCUCGGCGUACAAGGGGCUGGACCGAGCCUUCUGCGUACGGAUGAAGUCCACGCUAACGAAGCGGGGCUGCCACUUCAAGUCUUCGGGAUACCGGGUGGUGCUGGUGCUGAGCCGGCUGCGGCCGCAGUACACGUUCUCGCACGCGCGCAAGUCGUCGCCGCCGCUGCUGGGCAUGGUGGCCAUCGCCAUGGCGCUGCCGCCGCCCAGCGUCCACGAGAUCCGCCUCGAGUCCGACAUGUUCGUCACACGUAUCAACUUCGACUUCCGGAUAGCGCACUGCGAACCUAGGGUAUCAGAAUUACUCGACUACACGGCCGACGAACUGACAGGCAAGAACCUCUACACAUUGUGCCACGGGGAAGACGCCAACAAGCUGAGGAAAUCCCACCUCGACUUGAUCAACAAGGGGCAGGUGAUGACGCAGUAUUACAGGUUAAUGAACAAGAGCGGAGGCUACACGUGGGUGCAGACGUGCGCCACCGUCGUCUGCAACUCGAAGAACGCAGACGAGCAGAACAUCAUCUGCGUCAACUACAUUAUCAGCGGACGCGAGUACGAGAACGUGGUGAUGGACUGCUGCCAGAUGGACGACGCCGUGCCGCAGACAGUCAAGAGGGAGGACAACGACCCCGAGAACCCCUCUCCCGACGCCGACAGGCCCGGCGGUCGCAGCAGCGGCGCGGGCGCGGCCAGCCAGCAGCAGCCGCCGCAGCAGCCGCAGCCGGAGCCCCACCGGUCGCCGCCGGACCUGGAGGAGGGCUCUUCGCAGGGCGCGGCCGGCGCCGGCGCGGGCGCUGGCGCGGGGGAGCCGCACGGCAGACGGCUCGCCGCCCCCGCACCCGGCCCAUCGCAGCUCGGCGGCGGGCUGAGCAUCCGCGCGCUCAAGAAGCUGGCGGCGACGCGCGGACGCCCGCACAAGCCGGCGGCGGCCAAGCGAGCGGCCGUGCUCAGCCCCGCGUCCUCGUCCUGCCACUCGUCGUCGGCGGCGGCCGCGCUGCCCUCCGACCACAGCCCCAAGCCCGACGACCCCGACGGCCAGCCCGGGCCCCCAGGUGGUGGCGGAGCAGGGGGCGGCGGUACGUCGGUGAAAGACCUGGAGCACGCCAUGUCGAAGCACCUCCCGGCGGCCACUCCACCACAGCAGCAGCAGCAGCAGCAGCCGACGGACUUCAGCACGGACGCGCUUCUGAAGCAGCAACAGCAGCAGCAGCAGCAGCAGCAGCGGAGUACGAUCCAGUGGAUCGGCGCGCAUCACCUGGGGGCGCACGGCGCGCACCAGGCGACGGCGGCCGGCCCGCUGCCCGCGUCGGCGCUGCUGCGCCAGCUGUACGCCAACCGCGAGAGUGUCAUCCGCGCCAACGUGCACGCUGCCGCCGCCGCGCGCGGCUCCUCCGCCUACUACACCGCCGACCAGGCCGCCGCCUCGAGCGCCGCCGCCGCUACUGCCUACGACUACCACUCGGCCAUGACUCCGCCCUCGUCCGUGUCGCCGCGCGACAAGCACCAGCAGCAGCUCUUCGACGGUUACCAGUACGAGCUGCCCGCUCAGCCGCUCCCUCUUAAGCCGCAGGUGUACUCUGCUGUACAUCCAUCGGCCCUAGAUGCUGCAUACUCAUCGCUAGACCAGGCACAAUUCUAUCACCACCAUGGGGCAGCACAAGCAUUUCAUCUCUACCAUCCAGCAGCUAAUAAGACAGUGACAGCCACAGCAACUGUCUACCCAGAAGCACUGAAGAACUCUGCCAACUGGUAUUCCACCACUUCCUAGUACAGCCAACGCAGCCCUUCAGAAUAUUUGUACUUAAUGUCAACACAUGUAAUAUAACAUACAGUUCAUUUUUCAGUGUAAGAUAUUACAGAGUGUGUCUAGUGAGCACAUUUGGGUGAGAAGAAACUGCAGGCCAAAGUAAACUUUCUGCUCUGUUUUCUGAGACUAUAGUGAAAAUUCAGUCUGUCCGAUUAUUUAACAGAGCUUGGAACUGAAGUGAUAAGCAUUCCAAGUGUACAGGAAGCUUUCUUUUACGUAUUUCCUUCAUAUGUAGGUCAUACAGUUUGCAGAAGAAAUAUUUGUAGCUGCAGCUGUGUCACUGCAGCAUGGAUGAAUGCAGAUACUUUUACAGACAAAGCUAAAAUACAGUCUGAGAUUGUUCUGCCUUACAGAUGAUGGAGAGGUAUGAUUCAGCCCCAUUGGAUCCAGAUGGAGGGCUAAAAAGUCAAUGACAAGGAGUAUUCUUAGCUCAAGCAUAAUAAUACUCUACAAUUUCUUGUGUCUGGUUAAGAACACUAUCAAAGAUUCACAAUUAACUGCUUCACACACUGAAGAAAAUUGUGAUUGGCACUCAGUUGUAUUCUACUAGAUUCAGUGUUAAUGUUUAAGCAGUUACAGCUUCAACAACAGCAGCAUUAGUUACAUGAAGAAAGAAGACUCAAUUUCUUCAGAACUGUGUUUUAAUGUCAUCCUGUGCCACAUUGCACCGUUGACUCACAAUGUAUAUUUUCUCAGUCGAAGAAUUUUGCUAUUAAUUAUAUGUAAUUGUGUCCAGUUAGGCCUAUUCUUUCUUGUAGUUUCCUUGUCUCCAUAUUUAUUAAGUAAUACAGCUAUUAGCAAGAACUGUUGAAUGUUGACAUUUUCUGCUAUUAAAGUUUCAUGUGUUAAAUUGUAUUAGGAUAUGUUUUGCAUAUCUUCUUAUGCAGAAUAAUUGGAACCAACAUUUCCAAUUUUUCAGUGUAAGUGAACAAAUGUUAAAAGUCAUUUUUUUGUGCAUGGUUGUGUUUAUAAUUUUUCUGCACUACUGUUCAUUCAUAUAUGGAAAUAAUUCUGAAAUGUUAUUAGAAUGAAAGUAAUGAAGUGUGUGUAUGAUGGUAUAUAAAAAUGUAACAUAUAAAUAUGUGUGUUUACGUGUUUCAAAUGUGAUUGAAGUUAAUGUGAUGGUUACUGAUAAGAGAUAUAGUUCUGAAAUUUUUCAGAAUGAGAAUUAUGUGACAGUGUAUUUACGAUCAGAUUUUUACUGUAAGUAAUGGACACUUUUCAAUAGGUAUUUUUGCCUAGCAUUAUAACUAAAUGAUGCAUAAACCAAAGUUAGAAGUGCUAUUUUGAAGGAGGGUUGCUUCAGUUUUUGUGCCAUUGACCUGUGCAAUAGUCUGUGGUGACGAAGUUAAAACAGAAACUUCAACUGGUUCAUAAAAGCUGUGAAAAUCAGAAUUGAGAACAUUGGCAUCAUGAGUAUACACACAUUUCUGCAUUUGGUAGCCAUCAUCUUUAGCUCUAGAUUUGAGCUUGUGACAGAAAUAAAAAUUCUGAGACCAUGGCGAAUAUCAAAUUUCAUUUAUAUUGCAAGCCAAAGGGAACUCAGAGCAAUAAAAACUUUCAAAGAAACAACUCUACUACUGAGAAAGUUUUUGAUACAACUAUAGAAAAAAAACAUAACACUGGCAAUUGGCAUGUAUGAUAUGUAUUAGUUUGGGUUGCAUAUUGCUGUGAAAACCAGGAGCACAUUCGAUGUUCAUAAAUGUUUUUUGUCCCUCAAAAAUAAAUUUUGUUUGGAUAUCGUAUGCAAAAAUACAUAACUCAAAAGUAA